AUAAAAUGCAUUUACCCAACGAAACAAAAACAAACGCUUCUCGCCGAUGUGGACGGAAUCUCUAUGGGAAAUAAGUGAAGAUCUAGUCAUGGAGGACAAAUAGCAGUGAUGUUGAUGGAUCCUUUUGACAAAGGACAACAGAGUCCUCGCAAAGCCCAGUCGUUUGGCGAUAAAUUGGCUGCUUUUUCGUCUCGAUCGCUCGCCAGAUAUCUCUCUGACGAAGUGAAUCUGUCCGGCUCUUUCAUCUCACAAAGAACAAGUAUUCUCCAGGAUGUCAGAGCAAGUAGGUGAAUUUGUGUACAGCAAGAAAGACUUUAUUGGACAUGGAGCUUUUGCAGUCGUUUUUAAAGGACAUCACAGAAAGAAAGAUGACUUCGUGGUAGCUAUUAAGGUCAUCGCAAAGAAGAAUCUCUCCAAGACUCAGAAUCUUCUUGCAAAGGAAAUAAAAAUUCUAAAGGAACUUCAUCACGAAAAUGUGGUUUCUCUUUUCGACUGUCAGGAAACAUCCAAUAAUGUCUUUCUUGUUAUGGAGUAUUGCAAUGGAGGGGAUCUUGCAGACUACCUUCGUGCAAAGGGAACCCUCAGUGAGGAUACAAUCCAUAUUUUCUUACGUCAGAUAGCUUCUGCCAUGUGCACACUGCAAUCCAAAGGUGUCGUGCACAGAGAUUUAAAGCCUCAGAAUCUACUGCUGCACCAUGCAGGGACAACCACUCCCUCACCAUCACAGAUCAAGAUAAAGAUUGCUGACUUUGGGUUUGCAAGAUUUCUCCCUGGUGAAAUGAUGGCAGCUACUUUAUGUGGAUCUCCUAUGUACAUGGCUCCUGAAGUUAUAAUGUCCAAAGGAUAUGAUGCCAAAGCUGAUCUCUGGAGUGUAGGGACAAUUGUUUACCAGUGUCUCACUGGUAAAGCCCCCUUUCAGGCAAACAGCCCUCAGCAGUUAAAGAAGUUUUAUGAAAAGAGCAAAUCUGUUUCUCCAAAUAUACCAGCUGGUACUUCAAACCACUUGAAAGACCUACUUAUUGGAUUAUUAAAAAGGAAUCCUCGUGACAGGCUGGAUUUUGGUGAAUUCUUUGCACAUCCUUUCUUGACUGGCAGAGUUCCCCAUCGUGCAUCUACCCCAGUUGCUGUCCCAGUUCCUCAGCGUAAACACUCUGGCAGUUCUCAUGGAACAAGGUCACCUUCCUAUUCCCCAAACUUUGGUGCAGAAGCUUUGGGUGACAUAAGAGUUGAUCUUCUUCAUCGCAUCACUCCACCCCAUGAUGGCACAGGCAUUUCCCCUCAGGACCCUCCCACAAUUAUGAAUAUCAGCACCUCCGCAAACAACUCAGGUGCACAGCUUAGUUCUCAAGGUGCCUACCCUCCAAAUGCAGUGCAAGAUGAUGAGCUAGCUGCUGAGGGUUUUGUGCUGGUCCCAUCUAAUCCAGAAACUCCAAGAUAUCAUCAGCAGAGGCAUCAUUCUGAUCCGCUGUUUCCUUUCUACGGCCAAUCACCUCCAAGGACUGUCAGCAGUCCACAGUCUCCUUCUCCUCCAUCAUCACGCACUCCUCAGAGAGCCACCUUUAUGGUGGGUUCGCCACAGUCAGCAUCCCCAGUCUCCCCACCUUCACCUCUGGUACAGGCCCCGCCUGCUCUUUCCCCAUUGUCAUCUCCAUCAUCUGCAGAAUCCCCUCCAGUUGAAAUCCCAAUAAGAAAGCGCACAAGUGCCUCUCCAGGACCUACACCAAAGGGUCAGCUAUCAUCCUCUCCUCUGCCUAUUCCACGCAGUGGAAGUGUACCCAAACAGGCACCCUCUCGAACCUCCCCGUCCCCUACUCACCACGGAGCCAGUUCAGGCAUGACUCCUAGAAAGCAGAUAGUUGGCACCCCGUCCUCUAAACCGUUAGUAGGCAAGAGCCCAAAUAGUAGCCCAAGUGCAUUGAAAAGUGGCAGCAGCCGAAAAAACAGUCCAGCAACACAGAGACAAGCAGCGCAGGUUAGCCCCAAGGGAUCUUCUAUCCCUCUCACUGCUGCUGCUCAAGCUUUAAGUGCGCAAGCACGGUCUGAGAUGACCGUGGGCUUGCACCAGCAAGCUUUUGCAGGAUUUUCUAACACGAAUGCUGAUAAGGGGCUGGCACGGGGUGCAGCAGUUGGGACUUUCCGAAGAGCUCUCUCCAAUAUUGAACCUUUGGUUACUCAGUCACCGGACAGCUCGUCAAUAUUGACCGCUCUGGCUCGUCAUUCAAGGUCAGGAAUGGGUGUCCCAAUAACAGACCUCUCUGAGCCAGGAGCAGAGACCAAGCAGAUCAUACGCGUGCACAGCUCGCCGGCCAUACUAGCAAUGGGCCUUCCAAGGAAGGGAAGCUUGUUGGCAUCAACAGGGUUCCAACUAGGGGCUGCAGGGACAUCACCCGUGUUCCGUCGGAAUUCAGGUGGUGGAUUCACCCCCCUGAGAGGAAAGAGUCCACCUAUUUCAUCCUCUCCUACCGGACUUCCUACCAUACCAGGCUCGCCGACAAAGACAUCCCAUAGUACGGAGGCCAGCGAUCCUACAGUUGAUCCUGACAAUAAGAUGAAGCCCUUGAAGGGUCUUUUUACUGUUGGGUCGUGUUCGCCAAAAACGAGCGAGAAUAUGUUUCUACUCGGGAGGAAUUCACCAAACGCGACUAAGAAUGGAGAGAAACCUGCUGUUGUUAGUCAAGGAACGAAAGUCACUCUCGGAUUUGGAGACAAUUUUCCUCCCAGGAGCCCCAAGAGGCUCAUGGUUGGACGAGAGGAAACCGAGGCGUCUUCACCAGACAUGGAGGGCCCCAUAGCUCUUAUAGCUCCUGAACUGCCAGAGGAUACUCUCUUAGAUAUGGAGCACACGGAGGGCGUUAGGAAACUCAAUUUCGUUUUGUCAUUGACGGAUGCCAUUCUUGAGGUGAUCAGUGCCAGGGGAACACCUUUUACAGUGCUGACAGACUCUGUGGCCAUCCGACAAAACGAAAGCCUCCUCGCAGAUCAGAUUGGACUGAAAAGUGACGAGUUAAGGAAAAUGGAACAGUUGGUACUGUACGUGAAAGCUCUACGAGCUCUUAAUCUAUCUCUUCUCUUCGCACAAGGAGAAAUCAGAGUUGGCCACCUAAAACCCUCCAAUGCUGUCAAGAAUGUUCUAAACGACUUGAACAGUCGAUAUCACCAGUGUUUGGAGAAGGCGUCCCACCUGAAGCAGCUCUUAGAACCUGGACUACAGACACUUGAUGGAAAAUCUAUGACGGUCAGCGCUGACAGACUGAUGUACCAUUACGCCAUGGAACAGUGUCAAAAUGCUGCCCUCGACGAGGUGUUCGGAAACCCAAAAGAGUGUAAGGUCAAGUACGAGACUGCUCAGGUUUUACUUCAAGGCCUGGAGGAAGAAGCUCAUACUGACGAAGAUCGGCGUCUGUUGAAUAAAUAUAAAAUCGCCGUAGAUAAACGGCUGACGUGUAUUUCCAGGACGAGGACACGCAAAACCAGUCAAAGUAACACCAGAUAAUCAGCGCAGGGCAGGCAGUGAACUGUUAGGUGCACUGUGGGCAUAUGUCAGCGUAUGUGAAUGGAGUGGAAUGGACUUUCUGGUAACUGAGGAGAAUACCGUCGAUAUUUUUUAGUAGUAGGGCAUUCAUUACUCUUUAUUUUAUAAUCCUUGAAAGAGAGCAUAGAAUUGCAAUAAUCAUUUGAACUUCAGAGUGAGAGAAUCGAACGUUGUUGAAGUUGUAACUCUAAUAUAAAUAAUCUGAUACGGGACGUUUGGUUUUUGUUUGUUUGUUUUUGCUUGAAAUCUUGUAUUUAUUUCUUGGAAAAAAGUACUGCUGCUCUUAUGUGGUGAGCAGAUAGGAUGGCCAAUUUUAUUUAUAUUUUUCGUCACGUUCAGAUCUUGCAGUUUGUAUUUGCAAUGGACAAGAUUUCUCCAGCAGAAGUUCAAAAUUGUUAAGGACUUUGUUUCAAACUCACCUUUGAUAUAUUUAAACGAUGUUUAGUGAUUAUCAAAACCUAGCAAUAUUUGCGUUAACUUUUUUAACUAGUUACUUACGCUUUAAUGUGUAUAGAAUAACGAAAAUCUUUGGAGGCACUUACACAGAAGUUAAAUUAAACAUCGGAUCGUAACUAUUCCUUGAUACUAAGGCCAUAGUUAUCAUUGGUCAUGAGAAUUACUACAUUUGAAAUAGGACCACAUCUCCCCUAGACAUAAUUUUUACCAUGGGUGAAAUUGCGACUGCCUUGUACAAAUACGCUUGGGGAAACAGAAAAAUAUAGUAUGUAAAAUAAGCGAACAUUUAAAAAAAAUGGAACAUGAUGAAAAGGUUUAUAAAAUGUGAAAUUUUACGUCGCUAUUUUUAAAGUCGAUAAUUUAACUUAAUAUACGUAUGGACGGCGUUUGCUUGAGUUUAAAUUUAUUAGUGAUGAUUCAUUGAGAUUAUUUCGCUACGCAGCAAAAUUGUCAUGGGAUAAAUUUAUUCGCGAUUUCCAAUAUAUAAACGCUAUUUGUAAAGUGAAAAUUUUCCUCUUAGAUGAAGAGAAUUAUAAAAAGUGUUGUCGUGAAACUUCAAAACAAACAAACAAAAAAAGAGAAUAAAAGUAAAAAGAAA